CAAGCUCACCAUUUGCACUUCAUUGCUUGGCUCUCGACUCAACUGUGACUCCAGCAGGAUCCAUCGAAGACGCGCCGCAAACUUGGAGACGGGAGCGGCAAGCCGGUCAAGUCAAGCAUUGGGGAGAAGUAGGCGGCAGGUGCUUUGCAGUUGUCCACAUUGCAGUAUGGGUAUGGUCUUCAUCCUCCAACCCCCGAGCGCCUGAAGAGUCUCGUCAAACGCGGAGAUCGCACGCAUUCACAUUGUUGCGCAUUCGAAAUCGGAGCUUGCUUUCCAGAAAUGCCAGCACAUCUGCCCGCGUCCGUCGCGCGUCCUUGGCCGAGUCAAUUCGCUGUGCUUCUCGCUCUGCAGUACCUGUCGCUUCGACAAUCAGAAUCGGCAAAAGAGGCUUCAAAUCAAGCAAGAUCACACAACAUCAUUGCACCUUUGGAUCCGGACUCGGACGAGGGAAAAGAGUACGACGAGAAGCUGUGGAUGUUCUUGCUGAGGGAGGCUCAUGGAAUCGAAGGCGAGUGGCCUUCCUUGACGGACUUUUGUAGCGCUUUGGACGCCGCGUGCCCGCUUGUUGUGCUCGCGAAUGAGCAGACAAAGAGGCAAACCUGCUCUUGCACCGAGUACAUCGUUAAACAGUUCGAAUCAUUCGACACCGCACUUGGCUUGGCACACUUCUUGGAUGGUCUGGAAGCACUUGUGCAGCCGAGCGACGACUCCGGUGCUUCUUCCUCUUCCUCUGCAGAGCUCCUUACUCGACGCUCACGCUUUGGUAUUCUCGUGCGAAGGGCAAAGGUGCAAUGCAGUCGUCUGGACGACGAGGGUCUCUUGGCGUUGAAAAAGGAGCUCAAAAGCUGGCGAGGGGGAAAUUAUACCAGACCUUUGAGCGAUAGGGAGAUGGCAUGGGAGAGAUACAUACAGGCCCGCAAACGAGGAGACUACUCUGCGGCAUUUGAGGCGCAUCACAGAUUCUUCGAUCUACAUCCGAGAGGAGCAGACAGUCUACUGCAUCAGCAUGCCCUCUUGCACCUGGCACAUUUUCACUACGAUCACCGAGAAUGGCAAGAGGCCAGACAUUCGCUCGAUGGGGCAAUACACGUGGCGCGUUUGCUCUCCGAUUCUCAGUGCAUCACAGCCUGCGACUCGCUUUCUCGCCGACUAGAAGCACAUGAGCCGGGAAGCUCGCGCAAGCCUCGGCCGACUGCAAGACCUCCGUUCGAAGCUGAUGAUAUUUGGGAGGCGGCUCGUGAUGUUCACAUGGGAGUCCCACCAGCAGUCGUUUAUGGCCGCUUGAUGGACGCGGUGUGGGCGUCAAAUGCGCGAUCUCAAGUAGGCUCAACGAAGCUUCAAAGUACGGGUCCGGACUUGCCGCGCACCGAAAUUGCUUGUACCUCCACAUCUAUAGCUGCUAGCGUUGCAUCUCUCUGGUCCAUGAUGGGCCAUGAAUCAGUGGCGGAUGCCUGGAGAGGGGUAGCAUUGGAAGAGCAGGGGGACGUCGAGAUGCGUAUCGCUGCAGAGUGCGGCGAAGCGUGGAAGUUGGCAGAGAAGGGCUCCUUCGAGAAUUCGUUGGAGGCGUUGUUUCGAGAUGAGCUAGUGGAUGCGCUAGAAGCGCAUCUCCUGCCAAGAUGGACCUCUCAGAUCCUGCGCAUCAUGUGGCUCAGGGCAAGGCGCCGAGGCGAUCUUUUUGCUAUGCGCUUCUACACGCUAGCAGAUCCCAACGUGGAAGCAGAUGUGGACGGUGCGGACGAGGCGAACGGAAUUCGAUCUGCUAGGCGAGACGAGCAGACAGAGCCGGACGAGCCUGCCCAAUUCGACGAACCCUCGGCAGACUCGAAGAUGCUUAGCCAACUGAAGCAAGCUCGCACCCUCUUCGAAGCGGACGCUGCUGCGCACUCUCUCGAUCAGUGCUUGACCGUGCUCGUUGCGGCGCAGAAAAGUGGUCGUGCGCGGAUCUGGAGAGGCGCAAGAGUCUUACUAGCAGAAUUACAAGCGGGUCCCCUCCGAUUGGGAGAGAGCGCUUGUCUUACGAUGGAGGAGAUUCUACCACGGUGCCUUGCCGAUCAUGAUGCGGAGCGAAAGGCAGACGCAAUGUUUGCCUAUGCCAAGGCAAUCUUGGCCAAAGAUCGAGAUGAGGAAGGAUCGAAGCGGGAAGCCUCGCAAUGGUUCGAACGAGCUUCGCAGCAGUACGCCGAUGCGGGCGCAAACGUCUCGCAGAGCAAAGCCCUCUAUUAUUUAGGCAGACUGCUGUUAGAGCUGGGCGAGGAGGAAAGAGCUGCUUGGUGGGCCGAACGACUGCACGAGGUCGAAAUGACACUCCAGCACUUGGAGCAGGCGAGCACUCUAGACGAGCUCGAUCGCGACGUCUUCGAGACGAUGCAGGCUGUGCAAGCUAGGAUCGCUGUUGGUAAUGCCGAUGACCUCUGAAAGGCCCAUCGUUUGACGGCGCCGCGUCCUGCAACAUGCUUCUGACCUGCAAUGUGACCAAAUUCAAAAUUCACGGAGCGGCGGACGUGGGGAGGCU